AUGGGCCUCUUACAUGACCAACUCCCCAACGCUCAUUGUUAUGAUUGGCCUGCCAGCCCGGGGCAAAACCUACGUGUCCAAGAAACUCACACGCUACCUCAACUGGAUUGGAGUGCCCACCAAAGAGCCCUUCUGUGUAUAUCAUCCUGCCUCAUCCUAGCAGUACCCCUGUGAAAUAGCCAAAGUGACUGAGGAAAUUGAAACUCAGGCAGUUUAAGACUUGUUCAAGGUCUAGUAAGUCUGAACUUGAAUCUAACUUGUCUCUCAAUCUGGUAUUGUUCCCAACAUACCAUGGUGCUUUUUUCAUUUCCUUGGCCAUUCUGACAGUAGACCAAGAAGUCCCCUUUGGUGGGACCAUUGUGUUGUUUCACUGCUGAAGGCUGUUGGUGUCAUCUGCAGUGUUUAAUCUUGGGGUAUAUCGGCGUGAAGCAGUCAAGUCCUAUAAGUCAUAUGACUUCUUCCGGCAUGACAACGAGGAGGCCAUGAAGAUCCGCAAACAGUGCGCUCUGGUGGCACUGCAAGAUGUGAAGGCAUAUCUUACAGAGGAGAGCGGGCAGAUCGCGGUGUUCGAUGCCACCAAUACCACUAGGGAGAGGCGGGACAUGAUUCUGAACUUUGCCAAGGAGAAUUCCUUCAAGGUAUUCUUUGUGGAAUCUGUCUGUGACGAUCCUGAUGUCAUUGCUGCCAACAUCCUGGAGGUAAAGGUGUCGAGCCCUGACUACCCUGAAAGGAACAGGGAGAAUGUGAUGGAGGACUUCCUAAAGAGGAUCGAGUGCUACAAAGUCACCUAUCGGCCCCUUGACCCAGACAGCUAUGACAAGGAUCUUUCUUUCAUCAAGGUGAUAAAUGUGGGCCAGCGAUUUUUAGUGAACAGAGUCCAGGACUACAUCCAGAGCAAAAUAGUCUACUACCUCAUGAACAUCCACGUGCAGCCUCGCACCAUUUACCUUUGCCGGCACGGAGAGAGUGAAUUCAACCUCUUGGGGAAGAUUGGGGGCGACUCUGGCCUCUCGGCACGGGGAAAGCAGUUUGCCCAGGCUCUAAGGAAGUUUCUGGGGGAACAGGAGAUAGCAGACCUCAAAGUGUGGACAAGCCAGCUGAAGAGGACUAUCCAGACUGCUGAGUCCCUGGGUGUAACAUAUGAGCAGUGGAAGAUUCUGAAUGAGAUUGAUGCUGGUGUGUGCGAGGAGAUGACCUACGCAGAGAUUGAGAAGCAGUACCCAGAGGAGUUUGCGCUUCGGGACCAAGAGAAAUACCUGUAUCGAUACCCUGGCGGGGAGUCGUACCAGGACCUGGUGCAGCGGCUGGAGCCUGUCAUCAUGGAGCUGGAGCGUCAGGGCAACGUCCUCGUCAUCUCCCACCAGGCUGUCAUGCGCUGCCUCCUGGCCUACUUCUUGGAUAAGGGUGCAGAUGAGCUACCGUACCUGAGGUGUCCUCUCCAUACCAUCUUCAAGCUUACUCCUGUGGCCUACGGAUGCAAAGUGGAAACAAUUAAACUCAACGUGGAGGCUGUGAACACUCAUCGUGACAAGCCAACUAACAACUUCCCCAAGAACCAAACCCCUGUAAGGAUGAGAAGGAACAGCUUUACGCCUCUGUCCAGUUCGAAUACAAUAAGGCGUCCAAGAAAUUACAGUGUUGGGAGCCGGCCCCUCAAGCCCCUCAGCCCUCUCCGUGCCCUGGACACGCAAGAAGGGGCCGACCAGCCGAAGACCCAAGUCAGCAUUCCGGUGGUGUAACCCUAUAUCCCCCACCCCACCCCUGCCCCGGCUUGGCCUCCUGCCCUUGUCACUAAUCACCAAGGAGUCAUUUAACUUCUAGCCCCCACCCCCAACAACACACCGUGGAUCUCAACAGAGAACAUGAGCUCAUGUGUUUCCAGACCAAUCUUAGCUGUUCUGCAGUGUGAAACAUCUCCCCGCCCAGGGGCAAGUUGACCUGCGGCCGUUUCAGGACAUGUCCUCGGUUGGGGUGGUCUGGAGGAGGAGGAAAAGGGGUACACUCCCCUGGGUGCUUAGCAUAGCUGGCUCUGAGGUUAAGUAUGCCCCAUAGACUUGGUUUUUGUCCUCGGUGUCUAAACUCACUAAUGUCCUUGUGUUGCUAAAGUGGGGGGCAGGGCAGAGGGGGGACACAGAAGCCCAUUUUGCCUUCACUUUUGUCUCUUCAAGGUGUGCUCUACUCACAGUCCUUACUUGCCUGCUUUGUUCCCCUCCCUCAUCUUCCCUUUGGAUUGUCCGGUGUGAUGCAUGGCAUUGUCAUCUUGUCUGUCGAGGUGGGAAGGGGUGGUGGGCGAGAGAGAAGUCAAGGCUCUGUUGAUGCUCUCUCUACAGGGGGCUUCAAUGGAUCGGGACUGGGGAGUGUGGUUUUUUCCACCCCCCCCUCCUUUCCUCUCAAGCCAGGUCGUGAAAGGGUCAGCCCAGGCCUCAGAACAUCCACAGAUGCUCUGGAGCCUACAGGUGGACACAGAGCGAGAGCUCGCACCUCGGUUCACGAGAACCAGUCUGAAGUGUGCGGUGCCCUGGGGGAGUUGGCUCUGAGCACGUGGGAAAUAGCUGGGUUGGUAGUUUUCACUUCGGGAGCCAGGCACAGGGCCCUUGGCAGUUGUGGAGUGAGGUUCGGGAGAGGACGGUCUCUAGCUCUUACUGGGCUCCUGUAGGGCGGUCGUGUCUUUUUCUCCCCAGUGGCUCCCCAUUUGCCAACCACAGCAGCUUUCCUGCCAAGGCCAGUGACCUCUGGGGCUGUCGAGAAGGACAGAGUUAAAGAGUCACCUCUGAUGGAAUUGCUCAAACAGCAGAGAAGAGUCCACUAGAGCUUUUUCUGAUUUUCCCGUAAUUUUCAACACACUCCCCUCUUUACGUUAAAAAAAAAUUACGCAAGAGCAGUUGUUGUUUUCUUUGUUCUAAAUAUGGAGAAGCCUGGUCAUGAAGUUAAUCUCCCUCACUGGCAUAUUCUUUUGUCUCAUCUUGCCAUCCAGAAGUCUUCGGGACCCUGAGGGGUCUAGCCUUUCAUUCUCCGGAAUUGCCUGUUCACUUGCGUCACCUUAUUUUUUCAGUAGGGCUAAACAGGAAAUGUUUAGAGCAAGGAGUUCUUCUUAGCUUCUUGGUGACCCGUGGCGGCAUACUCCUCCCCCGCUCCGAUUCUGUAUCUAAAACAGGAACGUAUGUGCAGUUUUCUGAGAGGGAAGCCCAGAUCUCUCAUGAGAUUUUGUUUUAAAAGCGAUGGAAUGGGUCCACACCUUGAAGUUACCGAUUUGCCUUUUAGAGGUAACCAGCAAGAGCCAGUCACCUGUUUGCCAAGGGUGUUUUCGUUGGGUGAUAGAUGACCUUUUGUCAUGGUUCUCACCUAGGAGCAGUCAUUAGAAUCCUCUUUAGAACUUUUGAAACCUAGACGUGCCUGGGUCCACUUCAGGCUUAAUACUAACUCAGAGUCUUUGGGAUUGGGGUCUGGACAUGCACGUGUUGAAACGACUUCCCGAAUUCUGAUUCCUACUCCACGUUAGAACUCCUUUUUAUGAAGCUGUGGGGGAGAAAUACCGGAAUAGUUCCUUGGACAGCACGUCAACCUAAGAAUUCGGAAUUCCUCUCGGCUCGGAAGGGGUGAUUCUUUGGAGUUAGAUGUGUGAGCAGAUCACAAUAUUAAAUGAAGUGACGCCUGUGAAGGCAGUCUGCUGUGUUCUAGAGGGUCACCCGAGGUUCUAGUCCCAUCUUUAACCCUUUGUGUUGAACAGAUCCCUGUGUGAAUAAAUGCACUUGGGUAAUAGCUGGGAAUUUUAGGCACUCUGGAUAAAGGCACAGAGAUAAAAUUUGUCGAAUGAUAAGGGUUAUCAUCAUAGGCAGCCCACUUGUGACCAUGAGUCCUUUAUUCUUACACCCAUCACGGCCUUUCCAAAGGCUGCUUGCCUAGAUUCUGCUCCUAAUUGCGUCUAACCUGCUAUUCCUGUUUCGCUGUUACAUUCUAUGUACACAGUGUCUUUGUGGGGCUUGGUGGUGAGGGUGGUGGAGGGGUGGGGUACACAGAAGUAGAAGAAAAGGUCCUUGCCCUGAAGAAGGUUAUAUUAGAGACAGGGUGUGCAAUUUAUGCUAAAUGAACAUUUGCGAAAGAGCGACACAUCGAGUCUGUAAAUGUAGACAUUGCAGUGGAGUUCAGAUUACUUCUCCUGACGUUCCUCUUGUCCUCUGGCUAGGAGACUAAAGGGGCUGGGAGGAGAGAACCCCCACCCCGCCAGGUGAGAAUGAGGCCUAGGUGGUAUGUGUGGCACUUUGAGAAGGUGGCCUCAUCUCACUUGGCUGGCAGCAUUUUAGCCUAAAUGAUUAUUAUUAUUAUUUUUUCUUCUUUUUUCCCUGCUGUGCAGUGAGAGCAAUUCAGAACUCAUGAAUGACGAGCAGGAGCAUCUUGAGCCAAAGACUUUGGAUUUGGGCUGUACGUACUUUUAGUGAGAGGAGAAUUCUCUAACGAGCUAGCAUUGUGUUACCCUGUUGUAAACCCCGCCACGGGACACACAGGUCACUGGGGAGUUCGUUCUGGCCCUCAGCCCGCCCAUCGUUUCUCCACUCUCCCCCUGCCCUGGUGUGCUUCCCCCAGAAGAGGAGCCUGAGGUGGGCUUACUACGCUCAGGUGGGACCCAAGAAAUUAGGAUUUGACAGUAGCAUGGGUUUCAGAGUCCUUCAGUUUCUAGAGCAAGAUCCCUCCAGAGAAGUUAGAGCAGGAAGAAGCCAGGAGAAUACAGAAGGCGUAGAGCUGUUACUCCACAUUUCAGAGAAGUUCUACUUCCUUUCUUUUCUGUCUUCCUCUUCCUUUCUUACUAAAACGUGUAUUGGUAGUAUAUACACAUGACUGUAAUUGUGCCUAGAUCACAGAUUCUACAAAGAAAGGAUGGAUUCCGGAGUACCCUUUGCUGAGACUUUCCAUUUCGUUGUGGGAGAAAUAGGCGAAGGUUUUAGCAUUUAAUCUACUAAGUUAUUUAGUCUAGUAAACGAGGAAAGGAAAAUCGUUGUAUAUUUUAUUUUCUCACUUGGAAGCUGAACGAUGAUUUUUGUGACAGACUUGAACGAGGAAUGUAAAGCAGAUUUAGAGAACUAGCUUCUCUGGUCUCUUAAUCCUCAAAUUAGAAUUUAGCUCUUAUUAUCUGUAUUAUCUCUGGUUUUGUUUUGACAAGGGGAUUGUUUUGCAUUCGGUUGCAAAGCGGAAUAAGAAAAUGUUUUAAAAACGUGCAUGGUGCUAGGGGUCCGCCCUCUCUUAUUGUCUCAGGUUUGUUUGCUGUCCUUCCGCGAAGUUAGAGUUAGGAAUACAAUUUACUCCUAUUCCUAGACUGAAUGAAAAUAGUGUUUCCUGGGAGGUUCCUCUUUGCAACCCACAGUUGAUCUGCAGAGGCCCUGGCAUUUUGAAGAAACAUGACAUAACCUUGGAAAUAAAUCCGUCUUACAAUCUUUCUGUGAGUAGGAGAUCUAAGUUCUGGAGAAACUCAUUGGUGCUUGGAGUAGCCAAAGGAUGGGGAAGAGUGUCCAAGAACUGAGAGAACUAUAUCCGGGUUACACAGUCGUACGCACAUCCCGUUGUCUUUGCUGAGUUCAGAGGCCACGUUGUGUUCGUUUGCAAGAAAUGUGAUAAAUUCACUCGGGUUUUCUAGUAUGCAUUUUCACUUGGUCACGUUUUAAAUGUUUUCAUUUUGAAAAAUAUCUAACGAUCGAGUCAGAUUGCAGCAUUGGCAACUGGAUCAGGGUUGAUCUCUGACUUCCCGCAGAGGUGACAUCAGCCAUCAGAAGGAUGUCCGGGAAUUUAAUUUAGAUGCAUAGUGUCCAGAAGACUGUAUCCAGUAGUAGUAUAAGUAUACUCACUGACUGGCAGACCCUGGUAGAGUCUGUAUGUUGACUGACUGACUGAGAGACUAUGUAUGGUAGGGUCCCGGUGCUGACUGACAGACUCUGGUAAGAUCCAUAUGCUGACCGACUGACAGACUCCAGUAGGAUCUGUAUGCUGAUGACUGACGGACUCUAUUGGGGUCUGUAUGCUGACAGUCUGUUUUCUAAUUGUGGCAGUUAAUAGUAUAUGCAUAUUAUUGUCGUUCUGUGUCUGUUGCAUGAGCCCUACAAAGAAAGGAAGGAAGCACUCACUUUUUUUUUUUUAAGGGGGACAUUCUGUACGCUAUGAUUUUUAAUAGACCUUUCUUUUAGAGUAGCAGCCAAAUCCCCACCGUUUUGCAGCAGAUGAUGAAAACAUCACUUGUGUAUAGUAUUUUGUAAACUCAGCGAAGGAAAUGCCUACUCAAAGCCUGAAAUUGUUACCUCUGCCCGAAUUCAUUCCAUCCAUUCUCCCACUUCUAGGCAGGACUUCCCUUUCACUGCCUGUUUCUGAACCUUCUGUGUCCUCAGCUUCCGUGUUACGGGAUGUAGCAGCGGCUCAUGCCGCUGUGUGUGUAGUUGGCCAUGCAUUUGGCUCUCACUCAUAAUCUAGUACAUAAAAAUGCAAGGGAAAUUUUGCACUUAAAAAUUGAUUUUAAGAGUUGGCAGAAGUAUUCUUUCCAGCAAGCCUUUCACUGGGGAUCUAGGACCAUUAUUUACCAACGUGGUGUUUUUGUAUCUGAAUUGCUUGUGCACAUUUUUUUAAAUCGUGUUGGAAUAACAAAAUCAACUCAUUCUGAUCUGGUGGCGGUUUUACUGUGGCGAAAGCAAAGGACUGAUCACCAGCUGUGCCCCUUGGAGGGGGUUGGAAAUGGGUGAAGGGAAUGGACUGACUUGGGAACUCACGUACUAGUUAUCCUGCGGAUUUCCUAGGCACAGCUCUGGUGAAAAAGGAAUGUGAGUCCUUACCAGCGUUCUGAUUUAAUCUGGUAACAUUGAUAUCAAAAUAUGCCACUCAGAUCCACAGAAGGUGUGUAUAACUAUAUUUGAAAUGUUUUUUGUGUGUGCGCGUGUGUGUAGAAUGGGUCAAUAAAAUUGGCGUGUAACUUGAACCUA